CGUCGGAGCUGAGGAGAGAGGGGGAGAAGCAAGGGAGUGGAGAGAGAGAGAAAACGACAGGAGGAUAUUGUGUGUUUAUGUCUGUUUGUCACCACUGGUCCCCCUCUCUGACUAUUCAAACCGUCAACAGUACCGGGGACUUCAAUUCGUCCUAUCCUUCCCAGUAUAGGCUUGGCUCGUGCGGGCUAGUUUGGAGGGAAAGAAGCGAGAAGGAUGAUCAUGACUCAGAAGCCCUGGAGAUAGGCCGGAUCAUAGAGUGAUUCCCUAAACCCUGCCUUUCACAUCACCUGCUCAGUCCGAAACGCUGGUUUGACACGCCUCUGGACCUUCCCCGAUCACGUUCACCCACCUACCCACACCCCUGCAGAACUGCGUCUGAAACCCCUCACUUCUUCAAACCUCUGCCUGCUGGGAUAAAUGAGUGGAAGGGCUGGAGAGGAUAGGGCUGGGAUAUGUACCAGAACCCACACAGGUACUAUGUCCAUAGUCAUACAGGUGACCUUAAAAUAACAGAAUGUCCUGGUUUAGUGGCUUCCUAGUGGCCAGAGUGGAUGACCGAAAGACCUCGUGGGGGGAGCGAAAUGGAAAGAAGUCCAAGCAGAAGGGAGGCUCAUCCCUUUGCAACCCGCGUUACAUGAGCUGCUUGCGGGAUCCGGACGCCAUGGAGCCCCCUUCUGGAGCCCCCCUCCACCCCCACCACCGCGGAGGGCCGGCUGGGGCGGCGGGCGGGGGGGGCAACUUUGGCGUGCGCUGCAUCUGGCAAGAGGACCACUACGGCAAACGGGGCGGCGCCGCCGGGGAAGUGGUGGGGCUCAAAUCUGUCGACAUGGGCUUUGAGGAUGGGGACCUGAAAGGGAGGAAGGUGGGGUGUAGAGGGGGUGGUGGGAAGGGAGGGGAUGAGGGUCCCAAUGGGGAAGGUGAGGUGACGGUGGCGGACUGCUGGCUGCGGGUGAUGCAAGUGUUCCAGUCCAAGAAGUUCCAGUCUCAUAAACUGGAGCGUCUGUACCAGCGCUACUUCUUCAGGCUCAACCAAAGCUCCCUCACCAUGCUGAUGGGGGUGCUGGUGAUUGUGUGCGGCGUGAUGCUUACCUUCCAUUGUGUCCACGCAACCCCGGACGUGGCCUACUCCUCGGCCCUCUCUGUGGCCAUGGCCCUGUUCAUGGCUCUCAUGGUUGUGUGUAACCGGAACGGCUUCCACCAGGACUACAUGUGGAUGGUGAGCUACCUGGUCAUCGGUGUGCUGUUGCUGGUGCAGGUGUUCGGGGUGCUGAUGGUGGCGCCUCGCAGCGCAUCUGAGGGCAUCUGGUGGUCUGUCUUCUUCAUCUACAUCAUCUACACGCUUCUGCCUGUCAGGAUGAGAGCAGCCGUGCUGAGCGGAGGGGUGCUCUCCACCAUUCAUCUGGUCACCACCUGGCAGUUCAACCAGGAAGACGUGUUCCUCUGGAAACAGCUGAGCGCCAACGUGCUGAUAUUCCUGUGCACUAACAUCAUUGGGAUCUGUACCCACUACCCUGCUGAGGUGUCUCAGAGACAGGCCUUCCAGGAGACCAGAGGAUACAUUCAGGCCAGACUACACCUGCAGAGAGAGAACCAGCAGCAGGAACGCCUCUUGCUGUCUGUGUUGCCAAGGCAUGUUGCCAUGGAGAUGAAGGCUGACAUCAACGCUAAGAAAGAAGACAUGAUGUUCCAUAAGAUCUACAUCCAGAAACAUGACAACGUCAGUAUUCUGUUUGCGGACAUUGAGGGUUUCACCAGCUUGGCGUCUCAGUGUACGGCUCAGGAGUUGGUCAUGACGCUCAACGAGCUCUUCGCCCGCUUCGACAAACUAGCAUCUGAGAACCACUGUCUGCGUAUCAAGAUCCUGGGGGACUGUUACUACUGUGUGUCUGGGCUGCCUGAGCCCCGCGCUGACCACGCCCACUGCUGUGUGGAGAUGGGCGUCGACAUGAUAGAGGCCAUCUCGCUGGUGCGUGAAGUGACGGGGGUCAACGUCAACAUGCGUGUAGGCAUCCAUAGCGGCCGUGUGCACUGUGGGGUGCUGGGACUCAGGAAGUGGCAGUUUGACGUGUGGUCCAACGAUGUCACACUAGCCAACCACAUGGAGGCUGGGGGCAAGGCAGGGAGGAUCCACAUCACCAAAGCCACCCUGCAGUAUCUAAAUAGGGAUUAUGAGGUGGAGCCGGGUUUCGGAGGGGAGAGGAACGCCUACUUGAAGGAGAACAGCAUUGAGACCUUCCUGGUGCUGGGCUGCAGCCAGAAACGGAAAGACGAGAAGGCCAUGAUGGCCAAGAUGCAGAGGACGCGGUCCAACUCCAACGAGGGCCUGAUGCCUCGCUGGGUGCCCGACACAAGGUUCUCCAGGACCAAGGACUCCAAAGUCUUCAGACAGAUGGGGAUUGAUGAGUCGUCCAGCAAAGACAACCGUGGUGCCCAGGAGGCAAUGAACCCUGAAGAUGAGGUGGAUGAGUUUCUUGGGCGAGCCAUCGAUGCUCGCAGCAUCGACCAGCUGAGGAAAGACCACGUCAAGAAGUUCCUGCUCACCUUCCAGACCUCUAGCCUAGAGAAAAAGUAUUCGAAGAAGGUAGACGAUCGCUUUGGGGGUUACGUGGCUUGUACCCUCCUGGUCUUCUGCUUCAUCUCCUUCAUCCAGAUUGUCAUAUUUCCACACACCCCAGUAAUGCUGGGGAUCUACAUCAGUAUCUUCAUCAUCCUCGCCAACAUCCUCUUCAUCUGUGCCAUAUAUUCCUGCAUUAAGCUGUUUCCAGCUGCGAUGCAGAUUGUGUCAAAGAAGAUUGUCCAGUCUCGUACCAACAGCACUCUGGUGGGGGUGUUUACCAUCAUCCUCGUCUUCAUCUCUGCCUUUGUCAACAUGUUUGCGUGUGACACGGAGAGUUUGGUGGACUGCAUUGCCCGGGAGCUGAACAUCUCUGUUUCCAUGGUGACACCCUGUCUCAUCCGCAACCUGUCUGUGUCGGUAGAUGGGGGUCUAGAGAUUUGUCCCAGCCAGGGCCCCUCAUGUCCCUUCCCAGAGUAUUUCAGCUACAGUGUGCUGCUGACCCUGCUGGCCUGUUCAGUAUUCCUCCAGAUCAGCAGUAUAGGGAAGCUGGCCCUUAUGCUGCUCAUCCAGCUCACAUUCCUGCUGCUGGUGGAGUGGCCACAGGUGGCGCUGUUCGAAAAUGCUGACCUCUUUGUCACCUCCAAAGCCCUUGAUUUCAAUGAAACUAUUCAAUGGUCCAGUUUCAAUGAAACUACAGUCGAGUGCCCGUUCAGUGUGACCAAAGUAUCUCUGAGAGUCAUGACUCCUGUGAUUCUCACUGUGUUUGUGCUGGCGCUCUACCUCCAUGCCCAGCAGGUGGAGUCCACUUCACGCCUCGACUUCCUCUGGAAACUACAGGCCACAGAGGAGAAGGAGGAGAUGGAGGAGCUUCAGGCCUACAACCGCCGUCUCCUCCACAACAUCCUGCCCAAGGACGUGGCGGCUCACUUUCUGGCACGUGAGCGCCGUAACGACGAGCUCUACUACCAGUCCUGUGAGUGUGUGGCCGUCAUGUUCGCCUCCAUUUCCAACUUCUCUGAGUUCUAUGUGGAGCUGGAGGCCAACAAUGAGGGAGUGGAAUGUCUUAGGCUGCUCAACGAGAUCAUCGCCGACUUUGACGAGAUCAUCAGUGAGGAGAAGUUUCGUCAGCUGGAGAAGAUCAAGACUAUUGGCAGCACCUACAUGGCCGCCUCGGGUCUCAAUGAUUCCACCUACGACCGUGAGGGCCGCUCCCACAUCACGGCUCUGGCCGACUAUGCCAUGAGACUGAGGGAACAGAUGAAGUACAUCAAUGAGCAUUCCUUCAACAACUUCCAGAUGAAGAUAGGUCUGAAUAUUGGGCCAGUGGUCGCAGGGGUGAUUGGAGCACGGAAGCCCCAGUACGAUAUAUGGGGGAACACGGUCAACGUAGCCAGUCGCAUGGACAGCACAGGAGUCCCAGACCGCAUUCAGGUUACCACGGACCUCCACCAGGUGCUUUCAGAUAUAGGAUAUGUUCUGGAGUGCCGUGGGGUCGUUAAAGUCAAGGGCAAAGGGGAAAUGACGACCUACUUCCUGAAUGAUGGACCGCCCAAUAGUUAGCAGCCGUGGCAGCACUAGCCGGGACCAUUCCCGCGGCAGCACUACUGAGGGAGGACUCGCACCGCGAGCUAGCGGCUAACAACUAGCGAUGCCAUCACUUGAAACCCGAGCCAAGAGAAAAUACUUUGAGACUCCAGGACUUGAGAAGGAAAAUGUUCUUAUGUGGCAGCCAUGUUUUGGCACCUGCACACAUGGAAGGACAAGUGUUUUUCUCAUGUCUAGCCUUUCUCUCAGGCUACUUUAAAGAUGCAAAGUCUGUUUAUUUAAAACAACGCCUUUAGCCUGUGUCAAAAAAAGAAAAAGGCUGUACAUAAGGCUACUUUUUAUUUGACAUCAUUUUCUGUGAUUGUUUUUGUUUUUCAUGAUUUCUUUUCAGCAGAAUUAUGAAACAGGUACUCAUGUUUUAUUUCUGGGUUACUUAUUUAUUUUAAUCUUGAUGUUUUGUGCAAAAAUUCCUUUAUGAAAAAGUCUGAAUACAUACGUGCACAAAUAUCCAGUUUAUUACACGUUUAGAAGUGUGUAUGUACAUGCAUAUUUGUGUGUAUGAUUAUGUGUAUAAAUUGAAGGAAAAUAUUGACCAAAGACCAAAGUAUUUACGAAAAACAAGGCAAGACAUGUCUGUUAUGUUCUCGCAAAAGUCUGCAAUGAUCACCAACUCAAUCUGUUGCACGGUAGUACCCUCAGUCUUUUUAGUACAGUGCUGGCAAAUGCUAUUAAUCAAUAUGGGCAAAAUGUGUAACAACUUUCAUUUGGUUUAUCAAUCAGCCAGCAAAGAGGUCCAGUACAGUUUAUCAUCAAUGACAUCUAUAUGAUUACUCUGCCGCCAUCUCUAAAAUUAUUAUUAUGUUAUUUAAGAUUAAAUAGAGGCUGGUAGCCUUUUUUAAGUCCUGGGGAGAGGGUUCAACCUGUUGGUUCAACAAAAUAAGAGGAAAUAGGAUGCCCCCCCCCCUUUGUCAAAUUUGUUACCCCCACCAUGGCUCAGUCCAGCUAUAACAGUUCGAGCACCCAAGGCACAGUUGUAUACGGCAAAGGCAUACUGUCAACUGCUCCACCCCUUUCAGAUGUGUCCCUUCCCAUUUGUUUUGCAAAUGGAAAUUAAAGGACUCAAAACUAAAAAAGCUGUUCCAGAACCAGAGGGGAAAGUCUGGGCAUUAAAUACAGUGGUACCGGACAGGCGCCUAAGCUGUUCCAGAACCAGAGGGGAAAGCCUGGGCAUUAAAUACAGUGUUACCGGACAGGCGCCUAAGCUGUUCCAGAACCAGAGGGGAAAGCCUGGGCAUUAAAUACAGUGGUACCAGAGGGGAAAGCCUGGGCAUUAAAUACAGUGGUACCGGACAGGCGCCUAAGCUGUUCCAGAACCAGAGGGGAAAGCCUGGGCAUUAAAUACAGUGUUACCGGACAGGCGCCUAAGCUGUUCCAGAACCAGAGGGGAAAGCCUGGGCAUUAAAUACAGUGGUACCGGACAGCCGCCUAAGCUGUUCCAGAACCAGAGGGGAAAGCCUGGGCAUUAAAUACAGUGGUACCAGAGGGGAAAGCCUGGGCAUUAAAUACAGUGGUACCAGAGGGGAAAGCCUGGGCAUUAAAUACAGUGGUACCAGAGGGGAAAGCCUGGGCAUUAAAUACAGUGUUACCGGACAGCCACCUAAGAUGUUCCAGAACCAGAGGAGAAAGCCUGGGCAUUAAAUACAGUGUUACCGGACAGCCACCUAAGAUGUUCCAGAACCAGAGGAGAAAGCCUGGGCAUUAAAUACAGUGGUACCGGACAGGCGCCUAAGAUGUUCCAGAACCAGAGGGGAAAGCCUGGGCAUUAAAUACAGUGGUACCGGACAGCCGCCUAAGAUGUUCCAGAACCAGAGGGGAAAGCCUGGGCAUUAAAUACAGUGGUACCGGACAGGCGCCUAAGCUGUUCCAGAACCAGAGGGGAAAGCCUGGGCAUUAAAUACAGUGGUACCGGACAGCCGCCUAAGAUGUUCCAGAACCAGAGGGGAAAGCCUGGGCAUUAAAUACAGUGGUACCGGACAGCCACCUAAGAUGUUCCAGAACCAGAGGGGAAAGCCUGGGCAUUAAAUACAGUGGUACCGGACAGCCGCCUAAGAUGUUCCAGAACCAGAGGGGAAAGCCUGGGCAUUAAAUACAGUGGUACCGGACAGCUGCCUAAGAUGUUCCAGAACCAGAGGGGAAAGCCUGGGCAUUAAAUACAGUGGUACCGGACAGCCGCCUAAGCUGUUCCAGAACCAGAGGGGAAAGCCUGGGCAUUAAAUACAGUGGUACCAGACAGCCGCCUAAGAUGUUCCAGAACCAGAGGGGAAAGCCUGGGCAUUAAAUACAGUGGUACCAGAGGGGAAAGCCUGGGCAUUAAAUACAGUGGUACCAGACAGCCGCCUAAGAUGUUCCAGAACCAGAGGGGAAAGUCUGGGCAUUAAAUACAGUGGUACCAGACAGCCGCCUAAGAUGUUCCAGAACCAGAGGGGAAAGCCUGGGCAUUAAAUACAGUGGUACCAGACAGCCGCCUAAGAUGUUCCAGAACCAGAGGGGAAAGCCUGGGCAUUAAAUACAGUGGUACCGGACAGCCACCUACGAUGUUCCAGAACCAGAGGGGAAAGCCUGGGCAUUAAAUACAGAGGUACCGGACAGCCGCCUAAGAUGUUCCAGAACCAGAGGAGAAAGCCUGGGCAUUAAAUACAGUGGUACCAGACAGCCGCCUAAGAUGUUCCAGAACCAGAGGGGAAAGCCUGGGCAUUAAAUACAGUGGUACCGGACAGCCGCCUAAGUUUGAAUCGCUAACAAGUAUUUUCUAAAGAAAGAAGGAAAUAUAUAUAUAUAUAUAAUAUAUAUAUAUAUAUUAGGCUGAAUACUGUGCUUUGUAAUCUUGAAGGGGCAUAACUAUUUUCACUGUGAGGUUUUUAUACUUUAAACUGCUUUUUUGCCUAACUUAACUGCUUUAAAGCAUGUCUGAUUGUGGUAUCCUGUUUUCGAUUCUGUUUGUUUUAACGUUGAGUAUUUUUUUAUCACCUCUGUAUUCAUAAUUUGUAUUAACCUUAUGGUUGUUGUUAUUAUGAUGAAUUAUUACGCUUAUUAUGAUGAUUCCAUUCCAACGAUAAGGAUCAAAGGGCAGAACGCUUUCUUGUAAAAUGCCAGACGUAAAAGCUCAAGCUCAAUGGUACCAACUGAUCAACUGCAGCCAACUACAGUAUUUCAAACACUGGCCCUAGAUUUGAUCACACAUACUCAUUAGAUGUCGCUUUUCCACAGAUAUACAGAUUGUACACUGUACCUUUUCAUUGAGCAAACACUACUGCAGGACUAAGCUCAGUCAGGUUAUGCACUGAUCCCAUCCCUAUCAGAUUUCAGGGCCCUCCUCAGAGAGACAGAACACAAUCAGCAGUGUGAGCAGUAUUAGAACUGUCUUAAUUGAACAAGCCACUGGAGAAUACAGUGGGAAGAGGAACUGAGUUUCACAGAGGCAGAGAAAUCGAGGGAAGGAUAGACAGCCUGUGAAAGCUAAUGGAAAUAAUUUACUGACCUUAGCAUUGACUCAACACUGACUUUAUUUUGAUAAUUUUGACUUUCCCAUAACAUCAUAACACACUUGACUAUGGACACUAAAAGGUGAUAAUGUUCGUCCCAAAGCAAGCUAAUAGCCUCAUGUUAUUGGCCCCUUCCCGUGUAGUGAUGUUUGGCCUUGAGCGUGUGGGACCGCCGUGGAAAAGUAAAGGUCUUGGGGUCAAUAAAUGACUGAGGUUGUGCCCAAUCGAGAGUGAUUAACAUAGAAAUAGAAUACAUAGAAUGGACGUGGUUAGUAAGAUGAUGCACGUUCUAUUCUAUUUCUAUGGGCUGUCUUGUCUUUGGGUUGGGUGGCUGUUAAUUGUUGACUCUUGGGAUGUUUUUAGUGCACAGAUGAGGGGAGGAGGGUCGUCCCAGAACUACUGAAAGUGUGUUUUGCUCAAGCCUGAUGAAUCCGGCCCCCUUCUUUUUGUUUUCUACCCGUGUUGAAGGAGUUCAGAAGGCACCGUUUUUCCUGAAGUGAAGGACAAAAAGAGUUUAGGACUAUGACAGACAAAAUAACAUUUCCCCUUGAAGAUUUUUUAAAAAUAAAAACAAUGGCUGUUUUAUGUUGUGUU